UUUUGUAUCUGAUAUUGUUUUUAUACUGUUGAUGUUUUUACAAUAUUAAGUGUAGAACAAUUUGUGAAAUGAAUCAAUAAUUGAUUACAAAUCAAUGAGAGCCUAAUUAAAUGGUGAUAUGAUGCUCACUGUGUCCUCAAUAUGAGAUCAUGAUAUUACAUUGUCCAUGAUAUUGAUAUGCUCCUAACAGUCUUCAAAGUUACCAAACUGUAUUAGGUAGAAUACUAGUAAUUUAUAAACUCUUUAUAUUUGUCAAAAAAUAAACUUUUUGAUGCUUUGAAAACAUUGGGAAAAUAUAAUUAAAAGGUCAGCUAAUCUUAUUCAAUCAAUGUAUUUCUAUUUUCUUUUAAUGUUCGUGUGCAAGUUUCAAUCUUUUUGGUUUAAAGAUUAUUCAUCUUUCUUUUAAUGGAAUUAUAUCAACAAAAUCAAAAUACUUUCCCUAAUUGAAAAUUUACAUGAAAAAUAUCUUAAAAUACUAUAAAUAACAGAUAUGCACAUGUUAAAAUUUAUUUCUCAUUGUUACAUCAUACAUAGACACUGUAACACGUUGACUAAGGUAGGUGCAUGUUAAACACAAGAAAGUAUAGAAACAAGCAUCCACCACGUUUCCAGCACAGAGUUUUGUGCAGAGCCAACACACCUAAAAUAAAAUUCAGAAAAAGACCAACAACUACUAGUUUUCUAGUUCAGUUUUGAUACUAACUAAAAUAAACUUUUCAGUAACAAAAUUUAAAGUCUUAAUAAUAAUAAUAAUAAUAUCUACCUGGCACGUUUCUUCCACCAAAACAUUAAAUUAGCUCUCAUUUCCCAAAUGCUGAUAUUGGAAAUAUAGUUAGUUAGGAUUGUUUGUUACUUAAUAUAUAUAUAUAUAGGCCAUAAUGUUGGCUCAUUUGUACUCACUAAAAAUAGUUGUGAGAUGAAGAACAAAAAAGCAGAACUAAUCUUCAUUCCUUCACCAGGAAUUGGCCACUUAACUUCAUCACUUGAAUUUGCAAAGCUCCUAAUCAACACUAACACCAAUCUUCACAUCACAGUCCUCUGCAUAAACCUCCCAGACACUCCUUUUUCUGAUUCAUAUAUCAAAUCAGUUUUAAACUCACAACCUCAAAUCCAUCUUAUUGAUCUUCCUAAAGUAGAACCACCAUCAAAGGAGCUAUUUAUAACACCACCAAGCUACUUUAAAACCCUCAUUGAGACACUCAUACCCCAUGUCAAAGCCACCAUUCAAAACAUUCUAUCAUCUCAUUCCAACCAAGUUGUUGGGUUGGUUUUAGAUUUCUUCUGUAUUUCAAUCGUUGAUGUGGGAACUGAACUUGGUAUCCCUUCUUAUUUGUUUCUAACAUCAAAUGUUGGUUUUUUGGGGUUCAUGCUUUCACUUCAAACUCGACAAAUUAACGAUGUAUUCCAUGAUUCUGAUCCUGAAUUGUUGAUUCCUGGUUUCUCAAAUCCAGUCCCUUCUUCUGUUUUACCAAAUUCAGCUUUUAGCAAAGAUGGUGGUUAUGAGGCCUAUUAUAAGCUUGCUGAGAGAUUCAAUAACACCAAAGGGAUUAUUGUUAAUACAUUUUCAGAGUUAGAGAAGUAUGCUAUUGAUGCAUUAUAUGAUCAUUAUGACAGAACCCCUCCUAUCUAUGCUGUUGGUCCUUUGAUUGAUCUCAAGAGCCAACCUAACCCAAAUUUACACCAAGCUCAACGUGAUCUUAUAUUGAAAUGGUUAGAUGAGCAGCCACAUAAAUCUGUUGUCUUUUUAUGUUUUGGGAGCAUGGGAAGCUUUGGUUCAUCUCAAACAAGAGAAAUAGCAUUAGGACUUAAGCAUAGUGGAGUUAGAUUUUUGUGGGCUAUGAGGUCUCCACCAACAAGUAACAACGAAGAGAAAAUUUUACCAGAAGGGUUUUUAGAAUGGAUGGAAGGUAAGGGAAUGAUAUGUGAAUGGGCCCCACAAGUUGAGGUUUUGGCACAUAAGGCUAUUGGUGGGUUUGUCUCACAUUGUGGAUGGAAUUCUAUUUUGGAAAGUUUGUGGUUUGGUGUGCCAAUAUUGACAUGGCCUAUUUAUGCAGAACAACAACUUAAUGCUUUUAGGAUGAUAAAGGAAUUUGGAUUAGCAGUAGAGUUGAGAUUGGAUUAUAGAAAGGGUAGUGAUGUUCUAGUGGCUGAGGAGAUUGAGAAAGGAUUGAAGACUUUGAUGGACAAAGAUAAUGUUGUGCACAAGAAGUUGCAAGAGAUGAAAGAGAUAGCUAGGAAAGCUGUUGUUAAUGGUGGAUCAUCUUUUAUUUCUGUUGGAAAACUUAUUGAUAAUAUGAUAGGAAGUAACUCAUUAUAAACUAUUGUUUUUUGUUUUUAGAUGAAGUGGUUGUUUUCCUAGACUCAAUGAAUAAAAAAGUGAUAUUAUGUCAGCAGCUUAGCUUAUGUGAGGCUUUAUUUCCAGAAACAAGACUAUUCUUCUAUAUUGAGUUUGAAUAUCAGUGACAAUGAACUUUGAUUAUUAGCUAUGUGUCUUUUAAUUUUGAGUAUUUAUUACUACUUAGGUUAAUUGAAUUAGUUCUAUAAGUAAGAAAUUAAUUAAUGGGGUAAUUAGUUAGUUAGGAGAUAGGGGCUUUGUUAAUUAUUUUAAUUUUCUGUUUCAGGUUUGUAAGUAUCUGUUUCUAUUUUCCUAUUUCCUGGGCUAUGGCUGAUUGAACCUUAUCUGCCUCUAUAAAUAAAGGUUCUCUUCCCUUUAGAAAUCAUCUUUUGCCAAUUAAAAUUUUCUUAACUGGUAUUCCAGUAGAAGGGUGCAUUUGUCCUUGAGUAGCGUAUCCACUCUUGUGUAUUUUGUUUGGAAAUAUUUUCUCCUACUAUUUUUAAUCUUUUUCUAAAUAUUAAUGUUCUUCCUCCAAAUCCUUAGAAUCUAAUUCUUGGGUUCCUAACAGUAUUCUUAUAUAUUUAUGCACACUGCUUUUUGCCAUUGACUACAUCAAGGUUAUGCAGAAGUGUUGCAGAGAAUUGCUAUCCCUUUGGCAAUUAAAUCAAAAUAAAGAAUUGAAAUGUAUGGUGUUAUUGUAUUUAACCAAUGCCAUGAUUGAUUAUCUCAGUUUCAACCUUCUAAACAAAGACUACCCAAGAAUAAUUGCAUUAAAAUGUUUACAUCAGAAGCAGAGUCCUUAGUUUCAGACAAAAAAACAAGAAAAAACUACUGAUUUCUAAAUGAACUCAGCACAUAUCCCUAUAAGAGAUUUUAAUAAAAAGUAAAUACUUCAUAUAAUAAGAGACAAGAAAACAUGAUCUUUUAGAUGUUUAAGUUGUCCUUUUAAGUUUAAACUAUUUCCCAAAUUGGUCCUUAGAGAUUUUUUUUUGGUCUCAGAUUGAUCAUUUAAGUCCCAUUACACGAACGAAAAUACACUUUUUUUUUUAACUUCUGUUACAAAAAUACACAUGUGACUAACCCUAAAUUUGUCCUCAAAUUCAUCAAGAACCAGAAAAUGCAUCAUAACCCAGAAAGUUCAAUGGACUCAUGGAAAGAAAAAACUAAAAACGACGACCUACUGGCACACAUUCUUCAAAUUCAACCAUGUCAUACUUCUCCUAGUGAUUUACAUUAUACCAAUAUCACAUCUCCUUUACCUUAUUCUUAAUAUCUAUCCAUCACUACUGCCACCAACACCAACUUGUAUUUCAAGGUUUGAAGGAGGAGUUGAAGAACCCUAAUUAAUUUUAAUUGGGAUAAAACUCUAAAUUAAUUAAAAUUAUUGAAACCCAAAAUAUAUGAGUUGUGGUAUGUGUUCUUCAAACGUAUGGAAAGGAAGCAAGGAAUUGUGAACUACUUGGUGUUAAACCACAGAUAAAAGCCUUUGGUGUCAACCUUUACAAUUUCUAGGGUUUUCAAUAUGGGAUUUGGGAUAUGGAAUAUAGAAGAAGAUGAAGCUAGAAUGUCUAUAUGAGUCAACAAACGGAUUUUUUAACAGAAGUUAUUGAAAAGGCUAACGGUGCAAACAAAA